UGGAAUUGAGUUGAUAUUCUUUCAUUAUCAAGAGUGUUAUACUGAAAUUCGCUCCUUGGAAAUGUGUCGUAUAUACAGUAUAACGGUUUAAAAUUAAAAAAAAGUGCUGUUCAUAUUGCAGCAGUAAUGCUCCAAGAACAGUUGGAAAAAUACCUCUACAUUUGCUUGUAUAUUCAUGCAUGUCAAAAAGCUUCGAAAUGUGAACAAAAUGCCGACGAGAAUGGAAAAAUAUAUUGUAGCAAUGACAACAUCGUUGGUUCUGAAUGUGCAUUUGUAUGUGCGCCUUAUCAUUCGUUAGUUGGAUCAAGUAAAAUCAAAUGUUUACAAACGUCAUCUGGAUUGAAAUGGUCGAAUUCAACUGUGGUUUUAUGCAAAGUCAAUCGAUGCAAACCAGAGAUCGACAUGCAUGUUCCGGGCAAAUUUGUGACUUGUUCAAAAACAAAUGAGGUCACUUCUGUAUGUCAUUUUAAAUGUUUAAAACCAGGGUACACGGUAUCCCCCACUAGAACAAUCAGAUGCUUACCGAACCAACAAUGGAGCGGGAAAAUUCCAUGUUGUGGUCGUUCUUGCAAUUUGUUCUCAAUUACGGAUAUUUAUAUAGUUUUGGAAUCUUCUGAAUACAUUGGAGUGAAUGCUUGGGUUAAAAUGAAGCAAUUUAUGAAGGAUGUGUUGGGGAGUUACGACAUAUCUUCGGAAUCAAUGAAGAUUUCUGUAAUGCGAUUUAAUAAGGAUGUGGACAUCGACAAUAUUAUUCAUAUGGAUGACUAUUUGAAUAAAAAAUCUGAAUUCUGGUAUAAAUUUGAUAGACUGCCUCGUGGUGGAAAAGGUAUAAUGUAG